AUGAUUAUGAAAGCUCAGCUUUAAAUUACUGAUCCAUUGGAGAAAAAGGACUUUAAAAAAUCAACAACUCUGAUUUUGACAUUCUUCAAUCAAGAUGAUUGCAUAUACUUCAAUGAAGAAGAUAUUGAAGUACUUGAAUUAUACAAUAGAGUUUAGUCGCCUAAAAUAAUCGAUAAAGCACAUUUUCAAUUGUUUUUUGUACUAGUUCAUUUUUAUUUGACUGAUAUGAUUACAAACUAAUUAGCGAAUAGCUUCAUAAACUCCUUCACUUAUUAAUGAUUUAUAUUAAGCAAGCAAGCAUCUUAGAGAGGAACCUUUAGUUCAUAUGGUGUAGGAUAAAUGAUGUAGUUAAGUAUCAAUAAUUACCAACAAUAAGGAGUCUAUUCAAUGUUUCAAGAUGGAAAACAGUAAUAAUAAAGUGCAAGGUUUUAAUCUUAUUUUAACAACUUAUAACAGUAUAUGGUUCAAUAACUUUAAUUAAGGACAACUCAAAACGGAAGUGGAAACUGA